GGCAGCCUUAUCCGUGCUUGCCUUUCGCUCGGAGACAGGGACGGAGGAUCUGCCCGUGGAUCGCGGCCUCUCUGAACUCGUCUCUCUCCUCCGUCCUGAGAACCUGAGCCGCGCCUAGUCCAGUGAUCACAUCGCGGACCAUCCCGCAGGGCAGCACGCACCCCCCUGCUGCAGCAACACUCAGAUCUCUCGACUGAUCUGACACGUGAGGGGAUCAAGGCACGCCUGCCCUGCCCUGUCUGCUUAGUCGCUUGCCGAUGUCCCACCAUCACGCCAAGCGCCGGCCGUGUGAGCGGGAGGUGUGCAGUCCGCACGGCAGCCGAUAUGCCGUGUCGCCCGUGGCCAAGCGUAAGGCCUCUGACGAGGGGUGGGAGGUGCUCGAGGAGGGGGAGAUGAUGGUCAAGGCCACGCGACGGCAGACACGAGGGGUCAGCCAACGGCCGUGCGGGGAAGGGACGGAGGGAGGGAGGCGUCGCAGACCCCACUAUCUGUGUGUCUGUCUGUCUGUCUGUGUGCAGAUGACUUACCCCGAGUCUCAUCCACUGUGUGACGUCGCGCACGCCGCUGAGUGGACACAAGAGGAAGACGAAGCGUACGUCUGUCUGUCUGUCUGCAAACAACACACACACUCCUCAUACACCGUCUACUAUGUGUCUGCGUGUGUGUGUGUUGGUGUCGCGUCAGGUUGAGGGAGUCGGUGCGUGUCAACGGCGGCAAGUCGUGGAAGCGCAUCGCCACCUUCCUGCCGGGCCGCUCGGACGUCCAGUGCCUCAACAGGUGGCACACAGUCCUCAAACCCACUCUCGUCAGAGGUCAGCCACCCACCCACACAACACAGUCCGCACACAUCACCACACCCAUGCCGUCCGUCUCGUUAUACGUACGUGCUGCACAGGCACCUGGACUCAGGAGGAGGACGACGUGCUGCGUGAGUUGGUUGCUGUGCACGGGGCGGCCAAGUGGAGUUCGAUCGCCAAGAUGCUCAACGAGCGGCUGGGGACCUACCGGCUCGGCAAGCAGUGCCGCGAGAGGUGGACCAACCACCUCGACCCUACCAUCACGGUACGUUUGAAUGUAAUGACACAUCCAUGUGCUCGUGAGUGAGGGUGUGCAGGGGUGCUCAUGUGGCUGGCUAUGUACGUUGGAUCGAUGUGUGUGUGCAGCGCACUGAGUGGACGGAGGAGGAGGACGCUCUGCUGCUGGCUGAGCAAGAGUCCAUCGGCAACAAAUGGUGCGCACGCACACAGACACACUCACCCCCCUCUAUGACAUCUAUCUGUGUGUCUGUCUGUGUGUGUCUGCCUUGUGUGUUAAGGUCUGACAUCAGCAAGAAGCUGCCGGGCCGGACGGAGAACGCCGUCAAGAACCGGUGGAACUCGCUCAAGCGCAAGAUAUGGCAGGAGGAGUUCCUCAGCCAGCAGCACCAGGAGAUGGAGGCCCUCAUGAUCCAGCACCACUUCCACACGCUCUCACAACCCUACGGCACACCACAGUUGCACCCGCAGCAGCACCCCCAGCACCUCAAUGGUGCCACACCACACACCACCGGGCCCCCAACCCUCCCCCCCCUCGGCUGCGACUCCCCCUUCUCUGCGCAAGGCACCCCCUCACACACCACCAUGAUGACCAUGGACACGCCAUUCCGCGCCGCACUGCGGCAGCUCGAGAGACAGGGGAGUGGCAGUGGCAGUGGAUUGAGCGCUCUGCAGCCCCCCUCCUACACCUCUCAGGGCUCGUUCGUUUCGCUGCUGUCGGCUGCCGAGUCGGCGGCCGGGAGUGUGGGAGGUGGUGGUGUGGUGCUGGCCGUGCACCCUUCAUCAAGCGGUCACCAGACGCCCCAGGAGGGCGACGCCUACCCGCUGGGCCCGCCGGGGGUCAAUGACGAGCCGAAGAGUGGGGAGGAUCGACAGCAGGAGGAGGACGAGCUCGACAUGGAUGUCGACCGGUUCUUCGCCACACGCGCCCCGCCCGCGCCCGUCUGUGAGGAGGCCGGCACCGACACGGACGCGAUGCGCAAGAGGUGUGUGGCGCCCCCGCCGGCCCUCUCGUCGUCCCUGCGGUCGCACUCCCUGACGCUGCCCAUCCCAUCGAGGUCGCCCCAGCCCACGUCACUCACGCCCUCAUCCUCAGGGGCACUGGCCGAGUGGAAGCUGCCUUUGCCCGACACGAUCGAGCAGGACCUCUCAGGUCGCAUGACUCGGCUGGAUCUGGGGGGCGGCGGUAUGAGCAGCAGGGUGCGCGCGGCGUCGUGGAAGGGGCGCUGUGUCAGCGAAUGCGACGCGGUGGCCAAGGAGCUCUUUCGGCACAUCGACGGCAGCGACGAAUGGGAAGGGGGAGAUAUCGACGAGGGUAUGUGUGCAUGUGAUGUGAUGAGAUGCAGGAGGGAGUGUGUGAAGAGAAGGCUCAUUUCAUUUGCCGCAUGUGUGUUGGUCGGUCUGUGCAGGCGCGUGUGAGCCGAGGCCGUUGCUGCCCAUGACGCUGCCGCCCAUGGCGCCUCCCCUCUCACCCCACCUGAAGCACCUGCCCUACCCCACCCCCACGGCCACGGCGAGUGUGAGCACUGCAUCGACCACUAACACCCCACCAAGCGCACACGCCGUCCAGAUCGGCACACCCGUGUGUGAGGAGAACAAUGAGAACAACGACCCGCCCCCCUCCCCCACUCCCACGCCGGCCCCCAGCCUCACACCAUCGCCAACGCCGCAGCUGCCGCCGUCGGCCGCCUCACUGGCGCAGAAGCUGGCCUCGCUGCUGGGGACCCUGAGCAACAUGGCUGACAACGAUCGCAACCGCAGACUUGCGGAGGGCGCUUGCAAGAAGCUGGAGAGCGCCGCUUAGUUAGAUUGAUUGACCAGGUGGAUGUGAUGUGUGAGAUGCGGCCUUAGUGUUGGUCAGUCGCUGACCGACGGAUGGAUGGAUGGAUUGCUCGACCAAUAGUUAGUGGAUUGUUUGAUCAAUGCUGAGGCCGUGUCUGUCGUGUCGAUGCGAUGCGUAGGUAGGGAGCGGAGGGAGGGAGGCUGUGUGCGAGUGUUAGUCUCAUGGCAUGCCUGGCUUGUGUGUCCCAUCCGUGCCUGCUACCUAUCUAUGAUAUGCUGUUGUUCGUUUUUCGAUCGAUCUGCCUACUCGGCUAGGCUGCCUGCUUGACUUACUCGUGGUGCUGUGUGGUGUGGAUUGCAGCAAGGGAGGGAGGGAGUCAGGCGCUUGUGCCGGCAGAGAGAGUUUCCGGCGAGAAACGGCCAACGGUGCGCUCUCUACGCCAGUGACAGCGUUUGGCUGUCUUGCCGCUUCAUCCUACAUGACGUGCUGCACAUGCAUGAAUGGAUGGAUGGAUGGAUGGGGGGGCUGGUGGGGGGGUUGACGGUGGUCGUUUAUCGGCUAAUUCGUACUCCGUGGUCGGCUUGAUGACUGCUUUUAUCGCACGUAGACAGGCAGGCGUGUCGCUACGUGCUGCCGUGUGCUGCUGUGUUUGCCACGCCAUACACACAUACUCGAGUGGCACCAACAUGAUUGCAGCCACAUACACACACACACACACACUACAUCUCGAUGAUCGCAUCUUAAGGGGCCGGCUUCUGUGCUGACUGAUGUUUUGUGUGCUGGUGCCGGGCAGGCGAACGACAGACUGCCACACAGAGGAUGGCGGGAAAGAUGGGCGGAUCAAGACUCAUCGACUCAUGGAGAGCAGGUGAAGCUCUGUGCGUGUGCGUGUGUGUGCGCGUGUGCGUGUGUGCACCUAUGGGCUCAUACACUCACGCACGCCGACACACACACUCGAGGCACCGCACUUGUGUGUAUGUCUUUAUGUAUGUAACCUACCCCCCCUUCUUAUACCUAGCUAGCUAGCUUAUACGUAGCGACCAUCAGUCACCAUCACUAUGAUGCCUAAUUAACAUAAGGUACCUCUUACGUACUUACCAACGGAAUGCAAUGACUGACUGCAAUGAAUCAAUGCCCUCCCUCUUUCUUCGACUGACUCGGCGCGCGCGCGCUAUUUUUCUCUUCCUUCUCUCUCUCUCUCUCUCUCUCUCCUUCUCUCUCUCUCUGGGUCAUGCUCUUUUCUCUCUCGUCUCUUGAUGGAAUGAGACUGAUUUGACGACGUGCUGGCGACAGUCAGCCUGCUUGAUUGACAGACGUGCAGAGAGGUACGUGUGUGUCUGAUGGCCUCCUGGCAAGGUGGAGAGGGAGGGUGUGCGAGUGGGCGGGUCGGGUUUUCUUUUGCCGUUUUGGGUUGACCUACUUUUUGCCCAAUCGUUCUCUCGUCACCUCUCCCCGCCCCCCUCUCUCUGCUGCUGCUGCUGCUGCUGGCUGGAUGAUGAUGAUGGACUACAGACAGGUUGUGGAUAUCCUCUACCUAUCUAUCUUAUGCAUGUUUUCUAUGCCUGGGUAUACAGUGACUUAUUGGUCUCGAUCCAUAUAUACAUCUGUCUGCCUGGGUUCCUCGAUCGGUCCGCGGCUGUCGUUUUGUAUGCCUUCUCUCUGGCUGCGAGAUCGUACCCCCC